ACACGUUCUGGGAAAAAAAGGCAUAGAGUAAUACAUAGGCUCUCUCGUUUCCUCUCUUCCCUCCCCCAAAUCUCAAGCGGAAUGGUGAAUUGUAAUUGUGGCAACGAUGCACGCCACUGUGCAAUUAUUCAGCCUGGUACUGAAUUGGGUCGUUGGUAUUAUAAGUGCCCAAGCAGCAGCUGCACUUUUUUCCAAUGGGAUGAUGCGACACCACGUCAAAAGUUUACAGCAUCUUCCGUCGCCUCUUUUCCCGGAAAUGGGCAGUCGCAAUACGGCCAACAAGUUGGAAAUGGCAGCAACGAUGCUAGUCGUAACCGCCAAUCACAACGUCUACGUAUCAAUCGUUCCUUUACACCCACUGAAGUCACCUUCCAAGUGCAGUCAGUUACCCAAAUCCGCCUCCACAUGCGUAAUAAUCAACACUUGACUGAGCUUUUACGGGGAAUUUCUACCUACAAAGACGACUGCUGGAUGAUCCCUGCGACAAAGCAAGCCUAUGAUCGAGCAGUGAGAACAUUGAUCAGUGAUACCUCAGACACCAUUACAAGAAUCAAUCCCUUGCCAUCAUAUAUCGUGAAACUCCUUCCUACUGAAGAAGAAGAAGAAGAGGACAAAGACAAUGCAGAAGAUGGCGGCGAGCUUGAUGCUGAUUCUGAUGCUACAACCGACGACGGUCAAGACGAGGAAGGAAGUUUAGCAAAUCACGAUCAACAGAAUCUUGACAACGACAAGUCCGAAUCAGCUAUCUCAACUGACGAACAAGAAGGUAACGGUGAUGAUGAAACUAAAGAAGUCGGCAGCAACAGCAGCAAUAUCGGGUCGCUCAAGCAAAAGAGCAAGGGAAAAGGUCGAGCCACACAUGUACAUGACGAUGAUGAAGACUAUCAAGAAGAGGCAGAGGAAGACGAUGAGGAUGAAGAAGAUGAUGAAUCGGUUCAGCUUAGCGCACACGGCCGCCGCACGGAAAACACAGAGUUCGAAGAGCAAAGAAGCCAGAAAAAACGUUUACGGGACAUUCAAGGUACUGAUCUCUGGCGCGUACUCAAGGACUUUCAACGCAAAGGCGUAGUUGAAGGCAUCAAGAGGGACGGCCGCAUGCUUCUUGGUGACGAUAUGGGCCUCGGAAAAACAAUACAAGCCAUUGCUAUUGCGUAUGCGUACUCAGACAGCUGGCCCGUACUUAUCCUCUGCCCAUCCUCGCUUCGCUUCACCUGGAAAAACGAGAUCACGCGCUGGAUUGAAAGCGUCGAUGGGGAUGAUAUACGUGUGAUUACCAAAGGACCCCAAAUGGUCGAACUUGCAAAGCCUGUCGUCGACGAUGAGGGUGAUAAUGAGCAAGAAGAGGAUGUGGCGGAAGACACGAAAGCAUCGUCAUCUAGCUCAACCGCAUCAGUACUUCAACGACGAACAACAAGAGAUCGUAGGUGCAAGCAGAAACUGCCGGCUAAACGCCGCAAGGUACAAAAGACCAAGUUCUGGAUCGUAAGCUAUGACAUUGCCACCAAGCAGAUAGACUAUAUCAGCCAGGCAAAGUUCAACUUUAUCAUAUGUGAUGAGAGCCACUACUUGAAGGGUUUAAAGACACAGAGAACCAAGUCUAUUGUUCCUGUUCUUCAAAAGAGCAAACAUGUUCUACUAUUGUCCGGAACUCCCGCUUUCUCAAAGCCGUUAGAGCUUUUCUCUCAAUGCAAUGCGCUACGCCCGGAUAUUUUCUCUUCUCUGUACGAAUUUGGUGCGCGGUACUGUGCUGGUUCGAGUGGACGGAGCUACGGAAGAAACUCGGUAUUCAAAGGCGCCAGCAACUUGCAAGAGCUAAACUUGCUUCUGACCCAAACUGUACUGGUGCGACGUCUCAAGGAUGAUGUUGGCAUCGAACUCCCUCCAAAGACAAGACAAACCGUGUUCAUGGAUGUUGCUGCUUCGGUGAAGCGAGCGAUGAAGAAGAACAAUGAGUACAUGCAAAAGACUUUGCGCGCAAUGGAUAAGCCUGACAAUAGUGGAGGCGGUAGGAGCAGCAAGAGUGACGAGCCGAAUAAGCGAAAGUUGAUGUUACAAUUGUAUACGGACACUGCUGCUGCCAAAAUCCCAGUCGUAAAAGAAUAUCUCGAGCAUGUAUUUGGCACCACUGAUCAAAAGAUGAUCAUCUUCGCUCACCAUCGUUCAAUGCUUAAUGCCAUUGAGGAAUGUGCUAUCAGUUGCAACAUCGGCUAUAUCCGCAUUGAUGGCUCAACUCACCCCGAUGUGCGUCAGCAAAUGUGCGACCGUUAUCAAGCGAAGGGAUCGAGUGUUCAAGUCGCUAUCUUGAGCCUUUCCAUUGGUGUUGGAUUAACACUUAGUGCUGCUGAUUUGGUCCUAUUUGCCGAAAUACAUUGGACACCUUCCACUCUGUUGCAAGCGGAGGACCGAGCUCACCGAAUUGGAAGAAGGGGACCGGUAAACAUUGUCUACAUCUUAGCACCCGAUACCCUUGAUGGGUAUUUGUGGAAACUCGUGAAGAAGAAGCUGAGUAUUGUCGGAGCAGCCAUCGAUGGUACCAUUAGUAAGGUCACCAUCAAUGAAGCAUCAUCUUCAGGAUUUGACUGGCUUGGUGACGACGAGCAAUCGGAUUUCGAGCGACCUGCACAAGAAGACGACAAGGACGAUGGUCAAUCAGAUGGUGACGUUGAAUGAGGAGACAUAGACGAAGGCGAUGAUGCCUAACCAGCGAAAUUAUACAUUACCCACUCUAAAACUAUAUCUGUCUGUUACAUAGCAUUAGAAACACACUAGCACAUACACACAAACAAAAACCAUGUACAUCUCUUUUAUAAUACCUUUGCACAUAAUAUGUACUAUAUAGCACACAACACAUACAAAGUUAUCCUUGCAUAUAAAUCACUGAUAAAAA